GCGCCACCGUGUGGUAAAAGUGACGCAUUGUCUCUCAGGUAUUAAGCGCAUAAUCUUUUGAUCUUGUAAAGUCGCCUGUCUUCAGAUGCCCCCAGCAAGACUUACUUUAGCUCACAGUAAAAUGAAGUCAUGUCUUAUGAAAUUAUGCAGACUGCUUUGUUCAGUGUUGACUUUACCCCUAGGUCUACUGGAGCUCACAGGCCUGUACGGUUUGUACAAACGCUUGUUUCCCCUGCUUGCCUACAAUAUAACAUUUUCAUACAACGAUAAAAUGCACAAAACCAAGAGGGACCUGUUCCGACACGUGGCCAAAUUUGCAAACACCGACGGGACUCUUCGGCUGCUGGAGAUCGGCUGUGGCAGCGGGGCCAACUUCAAGUUUUACCCGUACGGCUGCACGGUGACCUGCACCGACCCCAACCCGCACUUCGAGAAGUACCUGCGGAUGAGCAUGGACGCGAACAUGCAUCUGACUUAUGAUGCGUUCAUGGUCGUCUCUGGAGAAGACAUACAGGGGGUACGGGACGAGUCAGUGGACGUUGUUGUUAGCACACUAGUGCUCUGUUCUGUCAGUGAUGUGCGGCGGGUGCUGCAGGAGGUCCGACGCAUCCUCAGAACAGGUGGAGCUUUCUUCUUUUUGGAGCAUGUAGUCUCAGAUCCCUCCUCCUGGACGCACUUCCUCCAGCAUGUGUUUGAGCCUCUGUGGUACUAUCUUGGAGAUGGAUGCACGAUAACCAGAGCAACAUGGAGAGAGUUAGAGGCCGCUGGUUUUUCUGAACUUCACCUAAAACACAUUGAGGCCCCAGAAGUUAGUCUCAUGAUAAGACCACAUAUCAUGGGAUAUUCCAUUAAAUGACUGCAUGGGGGAAUGGGCAGACUUCAUUGUGCCUCUUACGGGUUCAUAAUUAUGAGAAUUUUACGAACUACACG